AUGGGUGGUCCAUCGCUUCGAGGCAAUCACAAGAGCGCCGCCGAGGUCGUUCCUCACUUCAUUGCACUGAUCUUUAGAGGUCUUUAUCCGCGGUCCUGGACGCUCUAUGACAUCCGAGAACUUGGUUUGACAGUAGUGAUCAGACAGAUUUCACCGGUAUUGCCGAAUAAUUAUGAGGAUUCAAGUCUUCCCGUUAGCUGCUUUGUUGUGACGGUUCAAAAUGAUAGUGACACUGACCUGGAGAUAUCGAUCGCGUUCACAUUCCGAAAUGGCACGGGUAAUCGUCGUUGGGAAAAUGAGUCUGAGUGCACAUUUGCAAGAUUCACAGAUGGAAAUGUAACUGGUGUAACAUUAGCGCAUACAAUAUCGCAGCUGCCGUGCACAUACGGAAUAGCAACUACUUCAAAUGCGGAAUCGACGAGUCACAUUUCAAUAUGUCAAGGAUUCGAUCCUUCCAAGUCGGGUGCUGCAGUUUGGACAUCUUUACGAGAUACGGGCGAUUUACCGGUGGAGGAUGACGAAUGCACUCCUGGCUCUACAGAGUUGGCGGUGGGUGUUUGUCAACGUUUCUUCGUGCCGGCUAAUAACUCAAGGACAGCGGAAUUUGCUCUAUCUUGGGAUAUGCCUAAUGUUAUGUUUGGCGCAUCCGGAAGGUGGUAUAGAAGGCGCUAUGCCAGAUUUGUAAAAGGAGCGUCCUGCCUAUGCACUCGAGCUCUCUUACGAAGGUCGCAAUGGGAGAAAGCUCUUGAAGAGUGGCAGAAACCGAUUCUGGAUCAUCCUCAACUACCUGAUUGGUAUAAGUCGGCGAUUUUCAACGAAUUGUACUUCAUUACCGAUGGAGGAUCGAUCUGGUUCGAAUAUGAUGAUGAUUGGUCACGGAACGAGACACAGCUUAGCGAAUAUACGAAAGAUCUCAUGAGGCAGUACGGACGAUUUGGGUAUCUGGAGUCUUGGGAAUAUCGCAUGGUUAACACCUACGAUGUUCACUUUUAUGCAUCGUUUGCACUGGCGCAGUUAUGGCCGAAUAUUGAGCUGACUGUUCAAGCAGAGUUCACUGAUCAAAUUGAACAUUCUGUGGAUACUCAUAUUACAUUUCACAUGGAGGGAGACGUAGCACGGCAGAAGACAAGCAGCCGCGUACCGCAUGAUCUCGGAAAUCCGGCAGACGAGCCAUGGUUAUGUACGAACGCUUAUGUCAUGCACGAUACGGGUAAAUGGAAGGAUCUCAACUUGAAAUUUGUGUUGACGUCAUGGCGAGACCAUGUCGCGUUACCACGACAUCCUGAUGAUCUGUCAUUUCUUGAACAUACAUGGCCAGCUGUGCAGAUACUUAUGUCGGAGGCUAUGCUGGAAUGGGAUCAAGACGGUGACGGAAUGAUUGAGAAUUUUGGUAAGGCGGAUCAAACAUACGAUGCGUGGAGAAUGGAGGGUGUGAGUGCCUACUGUGGUUCAUUGUGGCUAGCAUCGCUCCGAGUAGCUGCUGAGAUGGCCAGAAUAUUGGGCUAUGAAGAGUGCGAGAAGCAAUAUCUCCAAAUGUUAUCAAAAGCAAGGAAGGUGUUUAUUGAUCGUCUCUGGACUGGAUCAUAUUUCCGAUUUUGUGAGCGAUCGAGAAGUCGCGAAUCAAUCAUGGCUGAUCAGCUCUGCGGUGUGUGGUUUUUACAAUCAGUAUCGCCUCAUCUAGCGGCAGAGGUACUUCCAGUUCAAAUGGUUCGUAGUUCGUUGAAAAUGAUCUAUGACUACAAUGUGUGCAGUUUUGCUGAUGGAAAAAUGGGUGCCGUGAAUGGAAUGCGACCGGACGGAAGAGUGGACAGGGAAUAUAUACAGGCUGAUGAAGUAUGGACAGGUGUGACUUAUGCAGUGGCUGCUUUUCUACUGCAGCAAGGUGAAAUGGACAAGGCAUUCCAUACGGCUUCUGGAUGCUACGAAGCCUGUUUUGAGCGAGCCGGAUUGCAAUAUCAGACCCCAGAAGCAAUGUAUGAGACGAGGUUCUACCGGGCUAUCGGCUACAUGCGACCGCUAAGCAUUUGGGCUAUGCAGUGGGCCCUACAACGUCACUGCGGUCUGAACUCCCCAAGACAUGGUCUUCCCGCUACGAUACUCCCGCUGAAGGAACUCCAUUCGUCACCACGCCAGUUGUUGACGAUCAAAGCAUGUGAUGAUUCUGCCAGUGAAGGCUACGCAAGUGAUGAACGAGAUCCGGAGGCGGCCAGCAGCAGCAGCAGCAGCGGUUUGGGCAGCAGCACCAGCAGUGGUGGUGGUGCAGUUGUGAUGCUUUCGGCGCGAAAUCGUUUGUUCUACUUUGGCGCGCGAUACUGUGCAACGAAAACGCCUGCCGAACAACGGAUGGCGCAAUUAUUGAAGGAGAAGAUCAGUGGAGUCAAAGAAGUCGAGGUGAACGACGUGUCAAGUGGUUGUGGUUCGAUGUUUACCGUAUUUGUCGAAUCUAGUGCAUUUAAAGGUCUCACAAAAGUUGCUCAACACAAAAUAAUCACAGGAAUUUUGAAAGAUGAAAUCAAGGAUAUGCAUGGACUCUCAAUCACUACCAAGGUGCCUAAAUAG